AUUAUCAUUUAUUGGAUCCUACAUUAACGGUAAAUGUCGGUCAUCGAUUAGUUUUACAAUUUCAAUUUUAAUCUGUUUUGUGGUUUUACUAGAAAACUUUUUUUACAUUUUCAAUAAAUCAUGUCUUAUUAAGGCAUUAAGCUUUCAUACGUUUCACCAACUAUACUCUUUUAAAUUAACCUCACGCCAAAUCGGUAACUCGUAUAUUUAGUAGCUGUAUAUAUUCAGUUGACUGCUCAAAAAAUGGCUGAUGCCAGUGAAGGGACUCUUUUUGUAGUAGAUGAAGUGAGCGACAUUAUUAAGGACUCCAUAGAACAUGUAAUCGGUAGUCAACUAUAUCAACAAAAUAUGGUAAACAAAUGGACUGAUUCUGUAGUAGAAAAUUGUCUAACUAGACUUUGCAAACUGGCCAAACCUUUUAAAUAUAUAGUAACGUGUGCAAUCAUGCAAAAAAAUGGUGCAGGAUUCCAUUCAGCAAGUUCAUGCUACUGGGACAACAUAACUGAUGGUAGCUGUACUGUGAGAUGGGAGAACAAAACUAUGUAUGUUAUUGUAUCAGUUUUUGGACUAGCAAUUUAAUAACUGCAUAAAUAUAUUUUUGUACACAAAAUAGAUAUAUAUUUAUAUACAAUUGUAUCAAACAGAACAGUUAGUACUCAAUUUUUUACCAUCCGACACUAAUUGUUGUAUAUGUAAUUAUAAAACAAAAUAUAACUGGCAUAAUAUAUUUGUUA